AGUUGUAGUUUUAUGCCAGUCCUUGUCAUGUGACUGACUUCUACUUGCAAUGGCUGAAUCACAACACGGAGUUGCCGGGUUGCCUGAUCAGGAGGUGAUGUCUCCUGAGGAAUCCACAGAGGAAUCAGAGGAGGAUGAUAGUGAAGAAGAACCAAAGUUAAAGUAUGAAAGGCUGUCAAACGGCGUGAGUGACAUCUUGCAGGAAGAUGCUGCCAGUUGUAUGACUGUUCACGAGAAGUUCUUGGCCUUGGGGACUCACAAUGGGAAGGUGUAUUUACUUGACAUCCAAGGGAAUAUGACACAGAAGUUUGAUAUUAGCACUGUGAAGAUCAAUCAGAUCAGCCUGGAUGAAAGUGGGGAGCACGUGGGCAUCUGUGCAGAAGAUGGCAAGGUACAAGUUUUUGGACUUUACUCGAGAGAAGGAUUACAUGAAAUAUUUGAUUGUCCAAUAAAGAUUGUCGCUGUUCAUCCUCAGUUUGGAAAGUCUCACUGUAAGCAGUUUGUGACCGGAGGAAACAAGCUGCUGUUAUAUGAAAGAACCUGGCUGAACCGAUGGAAAACAACAGUCUUACAUGAAGGGGAAGGGAAUAUAACCAACAUAAAAUGGAGAGGGAAUCUUAUUGCAUGGGCCAAUAAUAUGGGAAUAAAGAUAUUUGACAUAAUCACAAGACAAAGGAUUACUAAUGUACCCAGAGAUGACACCAGUCUGCGCCCAGACAUGUACCCAUGUAGCCUCUUCUGGAAGGAUAGUUUAACACUUGUCAUUGGAUGGGGGAAAUCUGUUAAGAUAUGCUCUGUGAAAGAGCGACAUGCCAGUGAAAUAAGGGACCUACCUAACCGUUAUGUUGAGAUUGUGUCACAGUUUGAUACGGAAUUCUUCAUUAGUGGAAUUGCACCUCUCUGCGAUCAGUUUGUGAUGCUGUUCUUUGUAAAGGAGACUUCCGAUAAAGCGAAUAAAGUGUUUUGUGCGAGGCCGCGCCUUGAUAUUAUUCAGCCGCAUGCAGAUUCAUGUGAAGAGGUUUCCUCAGAUGCCAUAACAGUCAGGGGCUUUCAAGAAAAUGAGUGUCGGGAUUAUCGCUUGGAGUAUGCUGAAGGUGAAUCUCUCUUUUAUAUAAUAAGUCCAAGAGAUGUUGUUUUGGCCAAAGAACGAGAUCAAGAUGACCACAUUGACUGGCUUCUGGGGAGAAAAAAAUAUGAGGAAGCUCUUAUGGCUGCAGAAAUUAGUCAGAAGAACAUUAAGAGACAUGACGUUUUGGAUAUUGGCUUAGCUUACAUAACACAUCUGGUGGAAAAGGGAGAUUAUGACAUGGCUGCCAGAAAAUGUCAGAAAAUACUUGGCAAAAAUAUGAAACUCUGGGAAGAUGAAGUAUACAGGUUUAAAGAAAUAGGACAAUUGAAGGCGAUCAGCAAGUAUCUGCCGAGAGGAGAUUUACGGCUGAGACCAGCAAUUUACGAAAUGAUCCUGGAUGAGUUCUUGAAAACGGAUUAUGAGGGAUUCUCAACAUUAAUAAGAGAAUGGCCUGGAGAUCUGUACAAUAACAAAACUAUAGUUCAGGCUUUAAAGGGACACCUGAACCAAGACCCGAACAACCGAACACUUUUGAAGGCUCUGGCAGAAUUACACACAUAUGAUCAAUGUUACAGUCAAGCUCUAGAAAUUUAUUUAACACUUCGGCACAAGGAGGUUUUUGAUCUGAUACACAAACAUGAUUUGUUCAGCUCUAUCAAGGACAAAAUUGUAUUGCUCAUGGAUUUCGAUACAGAGAAAGCUGUGGAUAUGCUUUUGGACAAUGAAGGCAAAAUCUCUGUUGACAAAGUAGUUGAAGAGCUAAAAGAAAGACCAGAACUGCAACACGUGUAUCUGCACAAACUAUUUAAGAGAGACCAUCACAAAGGUCAAAAAUACCAUGAGAAGCAAAUCAGCUUAUAUGCGGAAUAUGAUCGACCAAAUCUUUUGCCUUUUCUUCGAGACAGCACUCAUUGCCCAUUGGAAAAGGCUCUUGAGAUCUGUCACCAGAGAAACUUUGUUGAAGAGACUGUGUAUCUGUUAAGCAGAAUGGGUAAUAGUCGCAAGGCCUUGCAGAUGAUCAUGGAGGAACUGCAUAAUGUGGAUAAAGCCAUUGAGUUUGCCAAAGAGCAGGAUGAUGCAGAGCUGUGGGAGGAUCUUAUUCUAUACUCCAUUGACAAACCACCGUUUAUAACAGGAUUACUAAAUAACAUUGGAACCCAUGUUGAUCCAAUUCUUCUGAUUCACCGCAUUAAAGAAGGGAUGGAGAUUCCUAAUUUGAGGGAUUCACUUGUUAAAAUCUUGCAGGACUAUAAUCUCCAGAUAUUACUUAGAGAAGGCUGCAAAAAAAUUUUGGUAUCCGACUCGCUGUCAUUAUUAAAGAAAAUUCACAGAACCCAAUCUAAAGCUAUGCUGGUUGAUGAGGAUAAUAUUUGUGAGGUUUGCCUGUCACCAAUACUUCCAUCAGAUGCCUCUAAACCUCUAGGUGUGGUGGUUUUCCACUGCAGGCACAUGUUCCACAGAGAGUGCCUGCCUGUUGGCAACACGAUGUCACCUGUAUAUUUCUGUAACAUAUGCAGUGCAAAGCAACGUGGUCCUGGAAGUGCAAUCCUAGACAUGAAGAAAUAACAAGAUGUCCUUAUAAUUCCCAUAGUCGCUCCUUUAUGUAUCUCAUGAUGCUGUUCUUGUUUGUGAAAAUAAAUGUAGUAUACUUUGUCUUUUGUUGACAGACAACUGCUUAAAUUAAGAUACAUAUUCUUAGAGGAAGCUGUUCCUCGAACAGUGUGUUUGGCUGUAUGCAUUUCUGAUAUAUAUUAAAUACAAAUUAUCAUA